AUGGAUCUCCAACAGCUAUUGAGCCAGGCCGGCGGCCUGGGUGGCCUUGGAGGUGGAGAAGCUGUACCCGUGGAUAAUAGUGAAACGGUUUAUAUAUCGUCUCUUGCAUUACUCAAGAUGCUGAAGCAUGGCCGCGCUGGUGUGCCUAUGGAAGUGAUGGGUUUGAUGCUUGGUGAGUUCGUUGACGAUUAUACGGUUCAUGUCAUUGACGUUUUUGCCAUGCCGCAGAGCGGUACUGGCGUAAGUGUUGAGGCGGUGGAUGAGGUGUUCCAAACAAGGAUGAUGGACAUGCUCAGGCAGACCGGCCGCGACCAAAUGGUUGUUGGAUGGUAUCAUUCGCAUCCUGGUUUCGGAUGCUGGCUUUCGAGUGUGGAUAUACACACCCAGCACUCUUUCGAGAGGCUCAAUCCGCGGGCGGUGGCGGUUGUCGUGGAUCCCAUCCAGUCAGUCAAAGGCAAAGUAGUUAUUGACGCUUUCCGGUUGAUCCCUCAAGCUGUCAUGAUGAUGGGACAAGAACCGCGCUUGACCACCUCCAACUUGGGCCACCUGAACAAGCCAAGCAUCCAGGCUUUGAUUCAUGGGCUCAACAGGCACUACUACUCGAUCAGCAUUGCUUAUAAAAAGACCCCCAAUGAAGAGCGAAUGCUUCAGAAUAUCCACAAAGAUGACUGGGCGACGCCGUUGCAGAUCACUGAUUUCGAGCAGCAAGAGCAUGCCAAUGCAGAAGCAGUCUCUCAGCUUGUCAAGCUCGCGACACAGUACACCACUCGCGUAAGUGAAGAGAAGGAGUUAGACGAGGAGCAGCUCAAGACUCGCUAUAUUGGAAAACAAGAUCCUAAAAAGCAUUUAGAGGACACGGUCAAUGAGCGCCUUGAAGAAAAUAUUGCGACUUUGAUGGUGACUAGCGUUGACCGCGUCUCCUUUCAUUAG